AUGUGCGCUGGUUCCAGAAUGUUCGGCGGCGGCGGUGGUUCAGGUCCAAAAGACACCAGUCUCUACGACACCCUAAAUGUUGCACCAUCCGCAAGUCAGGCGGAUAUCAAAAAAUCCUACUUCAAAUUGGCAAAAGAAUACCAUCCGGACAAGAAUCCGGAGCACGGCGAUCGUUUCAAAGAGAUCAGUUUCGCCUAUGAGAUCCUCUCAAAUCCGGAAAAACGAAAACUUUAUGAUAUGCGCGGCAUCGAUGGGAUUAAAAAGGGUGGCGGUGGUGGCGGUGGAUUCCCAGGCGGCGGAUUAUUCUCGCAUUUCUUUGGAGGCGGCGGCGGUGGAAUGGAUGAUGACGAUGACGAUGAAAUGGGCGGUGGACAUCCAUUUUCGGGACUUUUUGGUGGAAUGGGUGGAAUGAGAGGGGCUCCUCGUCGCCGGAAGUUCCAGGACACCGUGCAUCCGUUGAACGUGACCCUUGAAGAAAUGUAUUCCGGAAAGACUUCCAAACUCAAGUUAUCGCGCAAAGUCCUCUGCAAAACUUGUCAUGGAUCCGGCGGUAAACCAGGCCAAAAAUAUCAAUGUAGUCCUUGCAAAGGUCGUGGAAUUCGCACCGUCGUUCAACAAAUCGGCCCCGGAAUGUUGCAACAAAUGCAAGUGCAUUGUGAUCAGUGCAAAGGAACUGGUGGAAAAGUGCCGGAAGGUGAUAAAUGUAAAGCGUGUCAUGGUGAUCGAUAUUCGUCGGAGCAGAAGAUUUUGGAGGUCAAUGUUCAGCCGGGAAUUCGACAGGGUGAUAAGGUUGUGUUUCGUGGUGAAGGAGAUCAGAGUGAUGUGAGUUUUGCUCGGGAAUUUGCAUUUGAGCGCAUUUGAAUCUCCAGAUGCUAAUCCAAGUUCGCUCCAAUGAGAAUUCUGCUAUUCUCAUUAGAGCGCAUUCGAACUUGAAUUAGUUUCUGGAGAUUCAAAUGCGCUCUAAUGAGAAUUCUGAUUUAACGCAUUUGAAUAUCCAGAAGCUGGUUCAAGUUCGCUCCAAUGAGAAUUCUGAAUAUUGUCGAAAUUGAAAAAUGUGGCCGCCUUAAAAAUGAAAACCAGUGCAGAACUGAAUCUAUGAAAACAACUUCGUCAGUCGCGUACGGCUGUGCGGCGCGGUCGGAAAAGAAUGGAAAAAAUGAAUUAUUUAUUGUUUUCUGACCGCGCCGCACGACCGCACGCGACUGACGAAAUCCAGUUGUUUUCAUUUAUUCAGUUCUGCACUGGUUUUCAUUUGAUUCUCCAGAAGCUCAUUCAAGUUCGCCCCAAAGAUAAUUCAAAAUUCAAAUGUGCUCUAAUGAUAAUAUCGGAAUUCUCAUUGGAGCGAACUUGAACUAGCUUAUGGAUUUUAAAUGCCUUAAAUCAGAAUUAUCAGAGCGCAUUUGAAUUAGAGCGCAUUUGAAUUUCCGAACUAAUCCAAUUGAAAUUGCGCUCCAAUGAAAAAUCUGUAAAAUUUGAAGAACCCAAAAAUUUCAACCAAGACCUUUCGCCCUUUUUCAGCCAGACGUUGAAGCCGGAGAUGUCGUAAUCGUAAUCCAACAAAAAGAGCACGAAUUAUUCCAAAGAGACGGCGAUGAUUUGCACUUCAAAAAGACUAUCACAUUGAACGAGGCACUUUGCGGCUUCAAAUUCCUCAUCAAACACAUCGAUGGACAUCCAUUGAUUAUUCGUCAAUCGCCUGGUGAAGUUAUUAAGCCAGAAACUGUGAAAGGUGUUGUUGGAAAAGGAAUGCCAAAUAAACAAUAUCCGGAAUUGAAGGGCAAUUUGUUUGUACACUUUGAAGUUGACUUCCCUGAAGAUCACUUUUUUGAUGAUGAUAAGAAAUAUGCGGUGAGUGGUUUGGGAUUCUCAAAAUCUAGUCUAAUUUUGGCCUGAAUCCAGGUGGAUUUUAAAAAUAGUUCUAACUUGAUUUCGUUGAUUUUUGAUAACAUUUAAAUGAACUUUGGCCGGAAAAUUCAACAUUUCCAGCUGCUUUGAGGGUGAAAAUCCAAAAAUAAAAAUUUUAAACCAAAAAAACUUUGGAAGUAAGCAUUUGCCCCGAAAUUCUAUAAAAAUCCCAGUUUUUCUCUUGAAAUUUUGUCCAUAGACAGCUUUUGGUGUCAAAAGAACACUCUAAACAUUUUAGUUUCCCAAUGGACCUUUGAGCCAAGUUCUGGACUCUCAAAAGUUCAAAAAUUAUCAGAAUUGGCUCAUAAAAGUAAUCAUCACGGAAAAUUAUCGAGAUUUGAGUUAUGAUAACCUUUAUGAGCCAAUUUUUGAACUUUUGAGAGCACAGAACUUGGCUCAGAGGAUCAUUGGGAGAUUAGAAUUUUUAGAGUGUUCUUUUGACCCCAAAAGCUGUCUAACAACACAAUUUCGUGAGAAAAACUGGGAGUUUCAUAGAAUUUUGGGGUAAAUGCUUAUUUCCAUUGAUUUUUUAGUUUGAAGUUUUAUUUUUGGAUUUUCUCCCAGAAAACCAUAAUAUUUUAAUAGCAGCUGAUAGUGUUGAAUUUUCACAUUUUGUCAGGCAAAAGUUGAAUGAAAUUUCAAAGAGGCCCGAUGAUUCAAGUUCACAAAAAAAAGUCAAAAAUACAUUUUUUGCUAAAAAAAUCCCCCAAAAACCCAAAAUGUUCCAGCUCCUCCAAUCGCUUCUUCCAACACCAAAACAAGUCGUAAUCCCAUCUGGCGCCACCGAAUUAUCACCAAUGGAAUACGACGAAAAGAAGUAUGGAAGAGGACGUGGCGGAGACGCGUACAACGAAGAUUCGGACGAGGAUGAAGAUGAAGGUGGACAUGGAAUGCACGGUGGACAAGGUGUUAGAUGCCAACAACAAUGA